UCCUUGGCUUUCUUUCAGACACCAAGGCUCAGGAAGAUCCUGCAUGGCUGCAGCCGCUGGAUUCUCUCGCUCUGCACAACUCCGUGAAGGAGGCUCAUGACUCUGAACUCGAUGAAGCUGGAAGUCCACUUUCAGCAGAAACAGAAUGAAGACUUGGAUGAUGAAGGCUUCUGUACUCUUGGUGCGCGAUGGGCCUCCCAAAGACCCUGCAGAAGAUGGUCCCAAACUGACUCAAAGGAACAUCUUAGAAAGAGCUUGCAGAGAGACUCCACAAUGAGGAAGUUUUCCAGCCAGGAAAGUGUCCUCACAGACCUCAGUGCUGACUUGGAGGCCAUUUCACUCCAUAGCACAAGCAGCUCUGGUGGGACCUUGGCUCCUGUGGCCGUAGCACCCCAUUCGUCGUCCACUCAGAACUCCCCGACCUUAACCAACCCUACUGACAGCUUGAGUAACCAUUCUCCAGCAGCCCAGUCUUCAAAUGAAAACAGCAAGGAAAAACCCAAGAAACGUCAGACACGGAGUUUCCGCAAAAGAAUCGAAUCUCUGAGAAGGAAAGACAAGGAGAAAUUGGACUCCGCUAAAGCUCCAGAUGAGGAUAGAACUCGCCUCAUGUCUGGUUGGAAGUCCACAAAGGAUGCCAAGGAACCUGUCUCUGGGACGCAGGUUGUAGUAGGAAAUGAAAAGCCACGUCCUUUCUACAGCACUAAGACCCUUCCAACAGGUGGUCAGAGUAACCAGGCUCUGGCCUCAGUUAAAAGCAAGCUGCUAUGUGAGUCCAAAUAUGGUAGUAUUUAUUUAGAGGAUUAUGAAACAAGUCUGAACAAGAAACAGGAUGCCAGAAUGUGGGAUCACCAAAUUGCAUUUAAAAGAGAUUAUUUAUUCCACAUCCCAGGGGAUUACAAGCCAGGCACUUUCCCUAAAUCUCUCUCCAUUGAAAGCUUGUGUCCUUUGGAGAGUGGCUGUUUGGCAGACUGGAGAUCGACCCCCAAAGCCUCAAGUCCUUUGGCAGGUGGCACUGGCAUCAGCAGUGGUGUCCAUGCGGGCAACUCUUCUCAUGCCCUGGAGCACCGACCAAGGAGGCCUUCAAGCACUUCCACAGGUAGCCGCACCAGCCUCUACGACAACGUUCCUGACUUCGGCAGUGGAGACGAUCUCUUUGAUCUGGACCAGGAAAUGAUCUAUGAAAACCUAGAUGACAUCCUGCAGCAUGUUUGGGGUCUCCAGCAAAAAGUAGAGCUCUGGUCAAAGGCAGUUAAGUUGGACAUGGAGGAUGAAACUGUUGGGGUGGAGGAAACAGAUUCUGGAGAGGAGCCCACCAAUCUCAACUUGGAGAACCAUUCCAUGUCUGACAUUGGUAUUUCCACCAGCGACUUUGAGAGCACUGCCAACUCUCUGAAUGAGACUGAGGAGCCCGAAAUGAGGGAGCGCAGAGACUCUGGCGUGGGGGCAUCGCUUACAAGACCUUGCAGGAAACUCCGCUGGCAUAGUUUCCAGAACUCCCACAGGCCCAGCUUAAAUUCGGCCUCCUUAGAGAUCAACCGUCAGUCAGCAGCUCAGCUCAGCCUUCUCCAGAAGUGCUCCCUUCUCCGCCUCACAGCCAUCAUGGAGAAGUUCUCCGUUCCCCACAAGCAGUCCUGGGCCUGGACUGUUCCCAAGUUCAUGAGGAGGAGCAAGCUCCCAAACUACAGGGGCAAGAUGGUCUUUGGAGUCCCCUUGAUUGUCAGUGUCCAAAGGACAGGACAGCCCUUGCCCCAGAGCAUCCAACAGGCCAUGCGCUACAUCCGAAGCCAGUGCCUGGACCAGGUUGGCAUUUUUCGCAAAUCUGGGGUAAAGUCCCGCAUCCAGAACCUCAGGCAGAUGAGUGAAGCCUCUCCUGAUUAUGUGAAUUAUGAAGGGCAAUCGGCCUAUGAUGUGGCUGACCUGUUGAAGCAGUACUUCCGUGAUCUUCCAGAGCCAAUCUUCACCUGCAAGCUAACAGACACCUUUCUGCAGAUAUACCAGUUUGUGCCCAAAGAUCAGAGGCUGCAAGCUGUCCAGGCCGCCAUCAUGUUGAUGCCGGAUGAGAACCGGGAGGUUUUGCAGACGCUGCUUUAUUUUCUCAGCGAUGUUGCCUCUUCCGAGGAGAACCAGAUGACAGUGGGAAACCUGGCCGUGUGCUUAGCCCCCUCCAUCUUUCACCUCAAUGUCUCCAAGAAAGAGAGCACUUCUCCAAGGUUGAUUCACAGGAGGGGCACUGUGGGGAAACCGGACCAGAAAGACCUGAAUGAAAACAUGGCUGCCACCCAAGGCCUCUCCCACAUGAUGGCCAACUGCAAGAAGCUGUUCCAGAUCCCCCACGAUAUGAUACUGCAGCUCAGCAGCUCCUACCUGUUGGCUGAGGCUCAACCACUCUCUUUACCUGAGCUGAUGGAGCCAAACCUGCAAGGAGAGAUCCAGGAUUCCCACCCAGCCUUGGAAGCCAGCAUCCAAACCUUGCUGAAGGAGUCAUCCGAGCGCUUCAAAGGCUGGAUCGGCACACUUGGCCCCAAAAACACAGAGCUCUCGUGCAAGAAGGUGGAGGACGGGCACCCCCUGCGGCUCUGGAAAGUCUCCACCGAAGUGGCAGCACCGCCUCAGGUGGUGCUCAAGCGGAUUCUCAGGGAGCGGCACUCUUGGGAUGAGGACCUGCUGCAGGGCCACGUGGUGGAGGCCCUGGACAAGAACACCGAAGUCUACCAUUAUGUGACCGACAGCAUGGCUCCACACCCACGGCGGGACUUUGUGGUUCUCAGGUCAUGGCGGACAGACCUGCCCCAUGGGAGUUGUCUCCUGGUCGCCUUCUCAUUGGAGCAUCCGAAGUUGCCACUGGAAGCUGGAGUCAGGGCCACGGUGCUCACCUCCCAGUACCUGAUGGAGCCUUGCGGAACGGGACACUCCAGAGUGACACACAUCUGUCAAACUGAUUUCCGAGGGAGGUCUCCAGACUGGUACAACAAGGUCUUUGGUCAUCUCUGUGCUAUGGAGCUGGUCAGGAUUCGCGAUUCUUUCCCAGUGUUCAAUCUGUGUGGACCAGAAACCAAGAUCUGAAGGAUGCCACAAGACUUGAAGUUGGAGCAGAACGUUGGAAUUGAGCCUUUGCUUCAUGGGAUACACCUUCCACCUUUUAAUUUCCCUUUGUGCUUCUUUGUUUUAAGGAACACGAGAUCCGGUCCCUCCUAACAAGCGUGUUCCUGUGUAAAUGAUUCAGCAACAUGAUCCAGAGGUUGGGAAGCUUUGUGCUGGGGGUUGCUUCUCCAUAAAUGAUCUCCAGGGUUAGAAGAAUUCUUCCAACACCGUUUACCAAAGGACACACUUGUGAAGAGGCUCCUGAGCUCCUGCCUGCUUUGGGGCUCUCCAUUUGCCUCUGGUUAUCGGGAGGACAAGACGUUAGAUAAUCUGGUCUGAUCCUGCAAAAUCCACCGUGGUCUUCUGGGAAGUCUACCAAUCCACCUGUCAGGGACAGCCAACUCCGAAACCCCUUUCAAGGGUUAGUCUGCUUUGUUCAGGAGCAGACGUGGUGUUUGUUUAUUGAACCAGAUUGGGGGUUCAGGAACUGCCGCCCCACAUCAAGACUAAGGACUGGAUUUUCCUGCAACCUUUGAAAAAUAUCCUACUCUGAUUUGAGAGGGUUGGGAAUUGGGGAAUCAGCAUUAGGGCCCAUUUCAGCACAAAAUACAGCUUAGUCCUCAACUUGCAGCACUUCAUUUAGUGACUGUCCAAAGUUACAA